UUAAUAAAACGUAUGAUAUUCAAAUUAUUAAUAUGGAAAUUUAUAGAUUUUUGGUUGUUGAAUUUGACGACGGAUUACAAAUUAUCCCAAGUAAUUGGUUAAUUAACGACAAAUCCAGUUUUUUUCCAAAUUAUAAAAACUUAAAAUUGUAUGACCGUGCUGUUGUUUCAAUGGAAAUUCCAAAUACACCCACAACUACUUGGGAUGUAUAUAAUAUUAAAAAGAUUUUUAAAAAAACAGAUGAUUUUACUAAAGCUAAAGAAGUAUUAAGUAAAGCAGAGUAUAGGUCAGAUUUUGAAAGUGACUCUAGUACUGCAUUAAAAAUGCGCAAAGUGUAUGCUGCAAAAUCAUUUAGUGACAGUGAUGGAUUUGACGAAAAUUCUGAUCCCAUUAGUAAUAUUAUUCCACCAUUUCCAAAUCCACCUGCAAAAGAACAAAUAUAUACAUCUACCCAGAAAAAUAGUAGCGGAAAAAAGUGUUUGUUUAAUUCAGGUAGUUGA